GAUUGGCCGGAAGGUGGGACCAGCUAUUUGAAGGCGGCGCGCGGACGAGGUGCGCACUUCAGUCGGCGGUGAAAAGCGGCGGUGGACGCUGUGAUCUUCCCCUCCCGCCCCCGCCGUCCCCGAACCCAGACGUGGGCCCCGCCGCAGCUGCAGCCGCGGCCCGGCGAGGCGAUGGCCAAGGUGUCGGUGCUGAACGUGGCAGUGCUGGAGAACCCGAGUCCUUUCCACAACCCCUUCCGGUUCGAAAUCAGCUUCGAGUGCAGUGAGCCCCUGGCGGACGACCUGGAAUGGAAGAUCAUUUAUGUGGGCUCAGCCGAGAGUGAGGAGUUUGAUCAGAUCCUGGACUCUGUGCUGGUCGGCCCAGUCCCCGCAGGAAGACAUAUGUUUGUCUUUCAGGCCGACGCACCCAACCCAAGCCUCAUCCCAGAGACAGAUGCCAUUGGUGUGACCGUGGUCCUCAUCACCUGCACCUACCAUGGACAGGAGUUCAUCCGUGUGGGCUACUAUGUCAACAACGAGUACCCCAACCCAGAGCUUCGGGAGAACCCACCCCUGAAGCCCGACUUCUCCCAGCUCCAGCGGAACAUCUUGGCCUCAAACCCCCGCGUGACCCGCUUCCACAUCAACUGGGACAACCAGGAAGACAGGCUGGACGCCACUGAGAAUCAGGGCCCUUCGCUGGGCUGUGGCCUCCCGCUCAGCUACACGCCGGUGAAGGGCCUGGCCCGCCCAGGCUGCAUCCCCAGCCUCCUUCCCGAGAACUCCAUGGACUGCAUCUAAAGGGGUCCGCAGGCCUCCCGGAGCUGUGUGGGGCAUCUUCAGGACUUCAGGGCCACCAACUGCUUCAGGCCUGUCAAAUGUGGCCCCAGGGAGUGAGCCGGCCUCAGGUCUCUCCCAGCUGGGCCCACAAGAUCAGCUCUGUUCCAGUAAGCAGCAGGUCCCUGGGUUGUGCAUUCUCUCCGAUAUGUGCGGUUCCCUUCUGCACACACCACCAGUUCCUCCCGCCAUGAGCGCCACGGACCCAGAGUUCUUUCCUACACCUUCCUGCCUUGAGGCAUUCUUGUUGAUACCUGGUAAGACCCCCCAUUCCUGUCCCUUCCCGAACAUCUCACUGGGGCCCCUCUGGCUUCCCCACAUCACAGACGACAUCUGGUUACAACCUUUAGGUCUUUCCAAUCCAGCAAUCCCUAGAAAACUGCCCAGGACACUGAGGAACAGGGGCUGCCCUGGGGAGAAGCUGGCACAUGGGAGGCACCUGUUGUGCCCAGACCACUGCUCUCUGGGGCCACAGAGCGAUUUUGGGCAAGGGAAGCAUCUGGCACCCCAAAAAACCUUCCCUCAAUACACCCACCACCUCUGGACCCAGUUGCCUCUCCGCUACACGGAUGCUGUUGUGACUCGUUUGUAUAUUAAAGUGUUUUUAUAUUAAAAGUGUUGGUUGGUCUAAAAAUAAAAAGCACUUCAACUAGA